UGGAAAUUUUUAUUCAGCAAAAGAAUUAAAUUUGAAAAUUUGCGAGUUAACUCGACUUGAUUUGCGCAUUCGGAUUCGAGUGAAAAGAAAGAAUAUAUGUGAAAGAGUAUAAAUAGUAAAUAAGAAACAUUAUUUGUACAGCCCGCAAAAAUAUCGCAAUCUAAUUAGAUUAAACUAAUCGUCCACCCAUUGUGAAUGAAUGAGAAACACAACAACCUAAAAUAAUGUAUGAUCCGAUCUCGGGUCUUCUUCCAGUCAAUGUGUGGCUGCGUCCAAUGUUUAUCUGAUAGAUACGAAAUCGUAUGACGAAUUUACUCGCAAAUGCGCGGGUGACAGACAUUUCGCAAUGUAAGGAGGGGAUCAUGCGGUCAACGUAUCAUAUCUAUAAGUGGCCGUUUACCAUUACGUAUAACCAAAACGUUACACGUUAGGCGCGUGUACACACGCGCCUCCGACGAUCGCGCAAUCGCGAAUUCUUUUUUUUAUUUUUUUUUUUACCAGCGAUGAUCGUCGAUGAUUAUUACAUUACGUUCGCGCGCGCGAUUUGUUUCGCCGCGUCGGAUCCAUGAAGCAUAAUAUAUACGAUGAAUUAUGAAAUUCAUGCACAUAUCUCUUAGGCGCCUUCUUCACCUUUUUUUUGCACAAUUUGUGUUAAUCAGACACGUCAUUUCCGUUGCUGUUAACGCAACAACUGUGAAACACUAUCAUGUUAUUGCGGCAUGUAAUGUACCUCUUCGAUUUUGAAUGCGACUUGUUGCGAUAAAAAAAAAUACGGUAAUUGAAUUGUCUCUUGCCAAUAUUUGAAUAUAUACAAAGGAUAUACAAUGAAAACAUCAUGCUCCGAUUUUUCUUUCGAAAUAUCUAAUUGAUGAUAUGUAUUUUAAUCGCGAAUGUAAUAUUUUAAACUCCGCGCGUCAGCCUUGCUUCUUUAUAUGUCGCACGCGAUAAAGAUUUAAUAAUCAAAAUAUAAUAAAAUCGAUGCCGGAAGUAACAAGUAAAAAUGAAGAGUCGUAAGCGUAACGUUCAGCAGUACUGUGUGAUUUCGUAAUGAUGACAGGCCAAUGUUGCGUGAUUCGUCUAAUAGCGUUGAUGGUAUAACGAAACUCCGCGAUUACAGCAUAAAAUAAAAAAAAACACAUAUUAAUAAGGAAUUUCGAGAGAUAUCGCAAUUUAAUGAAUAAAGGCGAUAGUUUGUAAAAAUGUAAAAAUUAUAUUUGCACACAGCAUAGCAUUAAAAUAGUUUCGUAAUGGCGUUAUAUGAUUCAUCUAAUGGCGCUACUACGUAUAUAACAAAACUCCGCGAUUGAAGUACAAAAUCAAAAGCGAUAAACACACAUGCACACAUUUAUAAGAUUUUAGAAUAUGGCAAUUUAGUAAAAAAAGGCGACAGAGCAUUUAUAAAAAUAUUAAAAUUAUAUAAUAAUUAAUUAAAUUAUAUACAUCGAGUAUUAUAAUAUUUAAAUUAAGAUUUAAUUAAUUAUUACACUUUUUUUAUUUAAAUUUAUUAUAAUUUGCUUAUAAUAUAAUUUGAACGAACAGUGUCAUAUAAAGCAACGUAUGAAAAAAGAAAUUACCGGAUAUAGCACGUAAUUUAUAUACAUUAUCUCUAUAUAAUCAAAGUUUUAUAUCAAAAUGAGGUCAAAAGUUCAUUUUUCUGCUUCUGCGCGAAACUGCCGAAUUUAUAUUUGGCUUAUUUCUCAACAAAAAUUUAUGAAUCUUCGUGGAUUUAUUACACAAGAUCGAAGUAAACCACGAAGUGAACAAGCAUCUCAUGUACUUUGCUUUCUCAUUUUGUAGAAAAGAAAAAUUGAAUAUGCGGACGAUGUUGGAAAUAUACCGGACUAAACUAGAAAAUCCGCAAUUACUACGCACAUUUUCCGCUGGAACAAGGAAAACGUGCCAUUCGUAGAAUGUAAUAGGGUGUUGUUUACAUGUUGCCAUUGAUAUAAUGUUUCAGUCGAGAAAAAGAAUAUUACAAGAGAAUAUUUAUACAAAUAAAUAUAAGAAAGAGAAAAGGCGUGUAGAAAAUGAGGCGUAAAAAGCGCAUGAGCACGAUUGCGAGAUUUUUCUUGAUCACUUUAACGAUGAAAUUUAAUGACAUCAAUGAUAAAUUUUGCUGUUAUAUAAAUAUUUUCUAUUUCUAAGAAUUUUCUUCGGAUGAGAAAUUAGAGGAAUUAUUAUAUCCAAAAUAAUUUGAUUCAAUAUUUUCAAUAGUUUCUUUUCUCUCAGCAAAUCGUUUAUAUGCCUCUAACGAUCGCUUUGUCGAAUCGAUCGUAGAUCGAUCACCUUUAGGAAGAGACUAGGCAAGCGAUCCGAAAGCGAUCUUUUCGGAAAUUAUUACGCAAAUGUGUAAUUAUUUGUUGUGAGAAGCUCAUUGACAGGCACUGACAGACAGCGAUACAAAGUAGCGAGUAUGCAAAUGCGUUGAUGCUUGUAUGGAGGAGGGGAUAAGGAUAUCGUCACCCUAUAUAUGCGGUAUAUAUGCGGUGACGAUCGUUACUCCGACUUAAUAGUUUACAUACAACGAACGAAGCGAGGGAACUUUUGAAGAUCGUAUUAAUCUCCGUAUCAGCGUGUUCUUGUAAAAAAAAAAAAAAAACAAAAAACAAAAAACAAAAAACAUUUAUUCCUUCUUUUCACGCGUUUAAAUUUCUCUUCAGUGAUAUAGAAAAUACCGGGCUUAAGAUGGGAUAUUCGUUUAUGGCCAUCUACGUCCUCAUGGCACUUGUACUGGUGAGAUUUAUUCAUGGACGUCCUGCGGUUGACGAGAGCGGGUUGAACUUGAGCAUGUUAGAGUCACAUGCCUCAAAGUUAGAAGAUCUCUUGAUUUACAAACCAAGAGCAAUCUCAUCGUUCGUGCAAGGAAGCUCGUUCCCGGCUAAACCACGACAAAAACGACUAUCGGAUCAGAGACGAGCCGAGUUGGAAACACUUAUAAGUUUGUCGAGGAUCACCGGCAAACGGUCGCUGAACGUGACGGAAGGAAAUAGGCCAAACAGGAAAUUGGAUCCAAUAAGAAUCGGUCGACGAAGGCGUUUUGUGGUGAACCAAAUUCCAAUUAAAUUAAUACCUAUCCGUCAUGUCGAAAAACUGAAACGCGACGGGGACCCUGCGUAUCCUCUAGUUAGUUGAGUAAACCGCUCUGAUGGAACUGCUCGACAAAAGCGUGGGUUUUAUCACAAGGGAUGAGCCUGGCGUAUGCAAGGAUAUUCUUUGAACAUCAAGCAUCGUUUCGACCGCUUAGUAAUCAGUUGCGGAACUACGGAAAUGAAGAUUAUAAAUUAUAAGGCAACAUGAUCAUGAGAAGAAUACUCGUAGAAUUCCAUAGACUCAGAUUAGAUUGAUUGUAACCUCAUUGUAACUUAUUGUAACAAAUCAUCGAUAUUGACAAGUAUAUAUAGUAUUUUAUUAAUUUCUUCGCAUUCAUAAAAAGGAAUGCAUAGAUUAUUCAUUAUCUAUUUAGAUUGGAAAUGGCACAAAUAAAAACACCGAAUUGUCAUUUUAAGAUCUUUAACUUUAUUUAUCAUACAUUUUUCUUCGCUGUUGACGCAAUGAGCAAGAAUAUAAUUUACAAAGAAGCAGGAUAAGUUAAGUCAGUCUCAAAGUUUGCAAAUCAUAGUUAUAUAACUUUUCUAUCAACAAUGUAGUGUACUUAGUAUUCUUACUCUUAUGUUCGUCUUUUUACAUCUCGAACAAACAUUACACAUGCAAUUCACACAAUUCUUUAUUACAUCAACGGAUUAGUGUAGACAAUUUUUAGAUUUAAUUCACACAUCCUAAGCUAAACAUAUAAUUGACAUUUUAACAUUUUACAUACAUGAAGCAAAGCAAUUCUUAACGGAUCGUACAAUCAUUAUGUUAUAAUUUAUAAUAUUUCUACAAUAUUUUUAAUUCUAAUCUUCUCAUGUUACUGGAAUAUAUCUAUUGCAAUCUAUUAGAAUUUGGCAAUUCCAUAUCUUUAUAAAGACACGUAGUUUUUGUAAUAUUGCACUGCAAUUUGCAAGAUUGCAAUAUUUGCUGCGAUAAGAACCUCUGCAUUAUACGGGAAGUUAAUACUGAAAGUUGGUCGCCUGUUAUAUCGAAAACUCAAAAUAUUGGACGCAUGCGAACUCCAUCUUUUCUUCGCUAAAUAAAAACUUAUUCCAGUAAUGUGUAUGUCUACAAAGCA